AAAAUUGGCGGGAAUCUCAUUUCCUCUCUGCUCUCUCCUCCAACACUCCAAACCCUGAAGCCUCACUGAAGUCCCUCUCCCAGCAAUGAGCAGCAACACCCGCAAGCGCCAGGCUCCGCCUCCGCCGCAGAAACGCUCGCCGGCGGCCCAAACUCCGAAGCACCACGCGGCGUCGCAGGAGGACGAGUUCGUAGACGAGGACUUCUACCUCGACGAAACCCUUAUACUUGAGGACGAAGAGAUCCUCCGCGACAUCGAGGACCGCCGCACCCUCGCUCGUCGCCUCGCCAAGUGGACCCGUCCCCCACUCUCCGACGCCUACGUCUCCCAAUCUCGCAGCGUCGUUUUUCAGCAAUUAGAGAUUGACUAUGUCAUCGGAGAGAGUCACAAAGUAUUGUUGCCCAACUCAUCUGGCUCCGCCGCCAUUAUCAGGAUUUUUGGAGUUACAAGUGAAGGACAUAGUGUUUGCUGCCACGUUCAUGGGUUUGAGCCGUAUUUCUACAUCAGUUGCCCACCAGGGAUGGGCCCUGAUGAUAUCUCUUUCUUUCAUCGAACACUUGAGGCAAGGAUGAAAGAGGUGAAUCGGAAUAGCAAGGUACCCCAAUAUGUCCGUCGUAUUGAGUUAGUGCAGAAAAGGAGUAUCAUGUACUACCAGCAGCAGACCUCUCAUCCUUUUCUCAAAAUCGUAGUUGCAUUGCCAACGAUGGUGACCAGCUGCCGAGGAAUUCUUGAUAGAGGCAUACAAAUUGAUGGUUUUGGCAUGAAGAGCUUCAUGACGUAUGAAAGCAAUGUUCUUUUUGCCCUUCGUUUUAUGAUUGAUUGCAACAUUGUUGGAGGCAACUGGAUUGAAGUACCUGCUGGAAAAUAUAAGAAGACUGCAAAGAAUUUGUCUUACUGCCAGUUAGAGUUUGAUUGCCUGUAUUCAGAACUGAUCAGCCAUGCUCCAGAAGGGGAAUUCUCAAAGAUGGCUCCAUUUCGUGUACUGAGUUUUGACAUUGAGUGUGCUGGUCGGAAAGGUCAUUUUCCUGAGCCAAACCAUGACCCUGUUAUCCAGGUGGCCAAUCUAGUUACACUGCAGGGAGAGGAUCAGCCAUUUAUUCGUAAUGUGAUGACCCUUAAGUCAUGCUCUCCAAUAGUUGGUGUUGAUGUGAUGGCUUUUGAUACAGAAAGAGAAGUCUUGCUGGCUUGGAGGGAUUUUCUCCGUGAAGUAGACCCAGAUAUCAUAAUUGGAUAUAAUAUUUGCAAAUUUGAUUUGCCUUAUCUUAUUGAGAGGGCUGAGACCUUGGGAAUUGCUGAAUUCCCAAUACUAGGCCGCAUCAGGAAUAGCAGAGUUCGGGUCAAAGAUACAACCUUUUCAUCAAGACAGAUGGGGACCAGGGAAAGCAAAGAAGUAACUAUAGAAGGGAGAGUUCAAUUUGACUUGCUCCAGGCUAUGCAACGGGAUUAUAAGCUAAGCUCUUACUCAUUGAAUUCUGUCUCAGCACACUUUCUUUCUGAGCAGAAAGAGGAUGUACACCAUUCAAUAAUAUCUGAUCUUCAGAAUGGGAAUUCUGAGACCAGGAGACGUCUUGCUGUAUAUUGUUUGAAGGAUGCUUAUCUCCCACAGCGGCUUUUAGACAAAUUGAUGUUCAUCUACAAUUAUGUGGAGAUGGCUCGAGUAACAGGUGUUCCUAUAUCUUUUCUUCUUUCCAGAGGGCAAAGCAUCAAGGUACUUUCUCAACUUCUUAGGAAGUCAAAACAGAGAGGCCUUGUUAUUCCAAAUGUCAAACAGGCAGGAUCUGAACAAGGAACAUAUGAAGGUGCUACUGUUUUGGAGGCAAAGGCAGGAUUUUAUGAAAAACCGAUUGCAACAUUGGAUUUUGCAUCAUUGUAUCCAUCUAUUAUGAUGGCCUAUAACUUAUGUUACUGCACUCUGGUGACACCUGAGGAUGCUCGCAAACUCAAUCUUCCCCCAGAAUGCGUCAACAAAACCCCAUCUGGUGAAACAUUUGUUAAAUCAAACUUGCAGAAGGGAAUACUUCCUGAAAUUCUUGAAGAACUAAUAACAGCUCGUAAGAGAGCAAAAGCAGAUCUGAAGGAAGCAAAAGAUCCACUUGUGAAGGCUGUACUUGAUGGUAGACAGCUGGCCUUGAAGAUAAGUGCAAAUUCUGUGUAUGGAUUUACAGGAGCUACUAUUGGUCAGUUACCUUGCUUAGAGAUAUCUUCAAGUGUCACAAGCUAUGGUCGAGAAAUGAUCGAGCACACCAAAAAACUAGUGGAAGAUAAAUUUAAGAUGCUUGGGGGUUAUGAACACAAUGCUGAGGUUAUAUAUGGGGACACAGAUUCAGUUAUGGUACAAUUCGGUGUUGACAAUAUAGAAGCAGCCAUGAACUUGGGGAGAGAAGCUGCUGAAUAUAUUAGUGGAACUUUCAUAAAGCCGAUCAAGCUAGAGUUUGAAAAGGUUUAUUAUCCAUAUCUUCUGAUUAGCAAGAAGAGAUAUGCUGGUUUGCUGUGGACAAAACCGGAAAAGUUUGACAAAAUGGAUACUAAAGGCAUUGAAACUGUCCGAAGAGACAAUUGUUUGUUGGUCAAAAACCUGGUAACUGAGUGCCUGCAUAAAAUACUCAUUGACCGUGACAUCCCUGGGGCAGUCCAGUAUGUCAAGAAUACCAUUUCAGAUCUUCUUAUGAACCGCAUGGAUUUGUCACUUUUGGUUAUCACUAAGGGUCUGACAAAGACUGGAGAUGAUUAUGAAGUAAAGGCAGCUCAUGUUGAACUUGCUGAGCGCAUGCGCAAGCGAGAUGCUGCCACUGCUCCAAAUGUUGGGGAUCGAGUACCUUAUGUCAUUGUUAAAGCCGCAAAAGGAGCCAAGGCUUAUGAGAAAUCAGAGGAUCCUAUCUAUGUCCUAGAGAAUAACAUACCAAUAGACCCUCAAUACUAUCUUGAAAAUCAAAUUAGCAAGCCACUUCUAAGAAUUUUUGAGCCUAUUUUGAAGAAUGCUAGCAGAGAACUUCUCCAUGGAAGUCACACAAGAUCUAUAUCUAUCUCUACUCCCUCAAACAGUGGCAUAAUGAGAUUUGCAAAGAAGCAACUCACUUGCAUUGGCUGCAAAGCUCUAAUUAGUGAUAAAGACCGAACGCUCUGUUCACACUGUAAGGGUCGAGAAGCCGAACUUUACUGCAAAACAGUGGUCAAUGUAUCUGAGCAGGAGAUGCUUUUUGGGAGGCUGUGGACACAGUGCCAAGAGUGCCAAGGCUCUCUUCACCAGGAUGUGCUCUGCACAAGUCGGGAUUGUCCAAUAUUUUAUCGGAGAAAGAAGGCACAGAAAGACAUGGCUGAAGCCAAGCUGCAAUUAGACCGGUGGAGCUUCUAGGAUUGUUCCAAGGUUGGUAUAUUGCUCCCCUCCUAUCUAUUGGUUCCUGAAAAGGGUUAUUUUCUAAAUAGGGCCGAUUUGAGUUGAACCUGGAUGUUUUUCUCAUGAGUAACUGAAGAGAGUGGAAGUUCUGAGUAAUGUGAAAUGGAAAGGCACAAUUUCUUGUGAUAGUGUCGACCUCUUUUAAUGGUGUGUCAAGCAUUGGCUAUAGGAGUUUAGGACUAAUUAAAUUUCUGGAGUCAUUUUCUUGCCGAUUCCAUUCUGCUAGAAGGAAGAGACCAGGAAAGACAAGCUAUAAAUUGGCUAGGUGAACUGGAUCUGGUGGUUCUGGCAGUUGAGAAGACUGACUGAUGUGUAGAUACAGCCUUUCCCAGCAUGCUGUUCAUUUAUGCCAGCUACUGUUUAUACUAGCUCAAUGCAUUGGAAGGCAUGCUGAUAGAUUCGUAGAAGUGCUAAUUUGUAGAUGAAUUCCCAAAAAUGUGGAUGAGUUUUGUAACAUGAUUUACCUUUUUUGCCAUUUUGUCUUAAAAUCAAGACUAGCAUUAUGUAA